AUGAAGGGGCCCAUUUGGAGACCAGGAAUGCCUGCCAAAUGGGUCGUUGAUGGAGUUACCCAAGACUUUCUCCCAGGAUCAGUACAGGCUAGAGAAAUACCAGAACUCCAAGAUGAGGAAGAAGAAAUCGAUAAUAAAGAUGGUAAAAAAGAGAAGGAGUGA